AUGGAAUUAAUCAGAGAAAAUAAUGUUAUUGAUGGCAUAAAAGAUCAUGUUAAUAAUACUAACCAAUAUGAAAUUAACAUUCAAUUUGAAAAUGACGAUCAUAAUUCCGUUAAAUUCAAUGUUCCCUAUAAACCCCUGUUGUAUAAUCUAAUAUUUUAUAAUUGGAUUUUGAUUAAAUUCCCAGAAAAUUCAAAUAUUGCACAAUUGGCAUUUAACAAUAUUUUAGAAACUAGAAUAAGUCUUGAACUUAAUCAAAAUUCUUCAAAGUCAUUUGAAAUCAAAUUUAUAGAAACUAGUAAUAUUUUUAAGGUUUAUUGUAAUGUUAAGAAUUUCUUUUUAAUUUCCCAUCUUGAACUCCUUAAGAAAGUUUCCCACGAAGAUAUUCUUGGUCCUUUAUUUGAAUUUUAUUUACCUGAUUUAUUUGGUCUUCCAACCACUUUCAAAAUACCUAUGGAAGUAACAGAUGAUUCAAAUAUCUAUUUUAAGCCAAAGAGAAAAAGGAAAAAACGGAUUAUGUUGAAGGAAGAAAAAUUAGAAUGGCUUACGGCAAUUAAAAAAAAUCAUGAUAAUAUUGUAAAGGAAGGUAAUUCUGUGAUAAUGACAAAUGAAUUUAGAAAUUGUAUUGAAGAUCUUUAUUAUAAAUUGGAAGAUGAAGGAAUGUUUAAAACAGUAGAAAUGUUGAGAUUAGAAACUUUUAAAAACAAUAACACGAAAAAAUAUAAAGCGGAUAAGAAUCAAAAGAAAAAAGAUUUUUAUGAAGAUACCGCAACUGAUGACAAGGAAUUAUGUAUAUAUAACUUAUAUGAUUGUGAAAUAUAUGAAUAA